AUGACCAACAUUCUGAUUUUCACCAUCUUCAUUGCGAUAAUAUUGGGGAUAAAAUCACCGGCGCCUUUAACUUACCUGGCCACCGCCCAACAGUACCCUGAUCCCGAAACCAUAAAGAAAAAUCCCGCCAAAUUAGACGAAGCCACCAAAUUAAUCUAUACUCGAUUCAAUUCUAUAUCCUCACUUUUCCAUGAGGAUGCCAUGGAUGAUCUUGGCUUCUGCAUGAAAAACAUAACUGCUGAAUGGAACGAAGCUUUUGAUUUCUCGGGUGAUACAAAAUUCUUGUCUAAUUGCAUCCAAAAAACCAACGGCAAUAUCCUUCAGCGACUAUGCACUGCAGCAGAUAUAAAAUUCUAUGUAACUGUUCUCUCAGAAGCUGAGAAACAAGGAUUUAAGAUAACUAAUUACAUAAAAGGUAACAAGAACUGUAAUCUUAAAUCUUGGGUUUCUGGAUGUGAACCUGGUUGGGCUUGUUCUGUUGAAAAAGACACUGAAGUUGAUCUAAAAAACAAAGAUGAAAUCCCUUUUAGAACUUCUGAUUGUCAACCUUGUUGUGAAGGCUUCUUCUGCCCCACUGGCCUCACCUGUAUGAUCCCUUGUCCUUCCGGAUCAUAUUGUCCUCUGGCUCGGCUUAAUCCGAAGACUAAUAUGUGUGAUCCAUAUCGAUACCAACCACCACCAGGGGCCACUAACCAUAGUUGUGGUGGGGCAGAUGUCUGGGCAGCUGUUGUAAAUAGCCGUGAGGUUUUUUGUCCAGCUGGCUUCUUCUGCCCGAGUUCUAUUGAGAAAUAUUCUUGCCAAUCUGGACAUUACUGCAGACUUGGAUCAACAUCUCAAACAGAGUGUUUACAAUUGGCUAGAUGUAAUAAAGAGGCUUCAAAUCAGAAUAUUACUGCAUAUGGCUUAAUAACUUGUGGAGGAUUGACACUUGUGCUGUUGAUAUUUUACAACUGCACGGGUCAAGUAAUAUCCACGAGAGAAAAACGAAAAGAAAAAUCAAGAGAAGCAGCUGCACAAAGUGCAAAAGAAUUAGCACAAGAAAGAUGGAAAGCUGCAAAAGAAAACGCAAAAAGAAAAGCAGUUGGAAUACAAACAUCAUUAUCACGAACAUUUUCACGAAGAAAACCCCCAAUUUCAGACGCGUCAAAAGAUCCGAUUCCUUCGUCUAGAGAUGAAAACGAAGAUCAAAACAAUCUCACAAUGAUGAUUCAUGAUCUUGAAGAUGAUCCUGAAAGCCACGAUGGAUUUAACGUUGAAAUUGGAGAUAAACAUUUGAAGGGAUCGAAACCUAAAAAGCUACACACUCGAAGUCAAAUAUUCCAAUAUGCGUAUGGGGAAAUUGAAAAGGAAAAAGCAAUGGAACAACAGAAUGGGGAUUUGACGUUUUCGGGGGUUAUUUCUAUGGCGACUGAUACGACUAUGAGGAUUAGACCUAGAAUGGAGGUUUCUUUUAAGGAUUUGACUUUGACUUUGAAGGGGAAAAAGAAACAUUUGUUGAGAUGUGUGAGUGGAAGUAUUUAUCCUGGACACGUGUCAGCUGUUAUGGGUCCUUCGGGAGCUGGAAAAACAACGUUUUUAUCUGCUUUGACUGGAAAAGCGAGUGGAUGCACUGUGAAUGGAUCGAUUCUUAUAAAUGGGAGAGAUGAAUCGAUGAAUUCUUAUAAGAAAAUUAUUGGGUUUGUUCCUCAAGAUGAUAUUGUUCAUGGUGAUUUGACUGUUGAGGAGAAUCUUUGGUUCAGUGCUAAGUGUAGACUUCCCGCGAAUCUUUCUCGAGCCGAUAAAGUUCUUGUUGUAGAAAGAGUGAUCGAGUCUUUAGGUCUUCAACACAUAAGAAACUCUUUAGUUGGAACAGUAGAAAAACGAGGAAUAUCAGGGGGACAAAGAAAGCGAGUAAACGUGGGUUUAGAAAUGGUUAUGGAACCUUCUCUUUUAAUUCUUGAUGAACCCACUUCCGGUUUAGACAGUUCUUCUUCUCAAUUACUUCUUAAAGCCCUUCGUCGUGAAGCCCUUGAAGCUGUCAAUGUAUGCAUGGUUGUACACCAACCAAGUUAUAGCUUAUUCAGGAUGUUUGAUGACUUAAUCCUUCUAGCAAAAGGUGGACUUGUUGCAUACCUUGGACCUGUAAAAAAAGUGGAAGAAUAUUUUUCAGGAAUUGGGAUCGAUGUUCCAGAACGUGUAAAUCCACCGGAUCAUUAUAUUGAUAUAUUGGAAGGAAUGGUCAAAUGUUCGGUCAACUACAAAGAGCUUCCGGUCAAAUGGAUGCAUCAUAACGGUUACCCUAUACCCCCAGACAUGAGAGAUUCAGAUUCAUCCGUAUCCGGUCAGGAUUCUGUUGGAGGUUCAUCCACCUCAGCUGCCCACCAAUCUUAUGCAGCUGAAUUAUGGCAGGAGUUUAAGCUUUUUCUUCAAAUGAAAAAUGAUGAUUUUUUAAGUUAUUUUAAAAGGAGGAAGGAUUUGUCUAAUCGUGUUACCCCGGGUGUAUUGCGACAAUAUCGAUAUUUUCUAGGGAGGGUGGCGAAACAAAGAAUACGAGAAGCUAGGCUACAAGCUGUGGAUUAUUUGCUUUUGUUGAUAGCUGGAAUUUCUUUAGGAACACUCGCUAAAGUGAGUGAUGAAAACUUUGGGGCAGUUGGAUAUACUUACACCAUCAUUGCUUUUUCUUUACUCAGCAAGAUUGCGGCUAUGAGAUCAUUUACAUUAGAUAAAUUACAAUUCUGGAGAGAACGCUCUUCUGGAAUGAGUUGCUUUGCAUACUUUUUUUCAAAAGAUACAAUCGACCAAUUCAACACAGUAAUAAAGCCCGCGGUUUACCUUUGCACAUUUUACUAUUUUAACCCUCCAAGAUCCUCCAUCGUCGAUAAUUACAUCAUCUUACUUUGCUUGUUGUAUUGUGUGUCUGGGUUCGCUUAUGCCCUUGCCAUCUACCUCGAAGCUGGUUCUGCCCAAUUAUGGUCGGUGUUGCUUCCUGUUGUGUUGACACUUAUUGCGACUCAAGAUGAUGAGAAGGGAUCGAUUAUACCUUUUAUAAAAAAGUUUUGUUACCCUGCGUGGGCUUUGGAAGCAUUCUUGGUAGCUAAUGCCGAAAGGUAUCGGGCAGUGUGGUUGCUGACAAGAUGUGCAGCAAUUGCGAAGAGAGGUUAUGAUCUGAGGGAUUGGAAAUUUUGCUUAAUACGAUUAAUGGUGGCUGGUUUAGCUUUUCGUAUUUUAGCUUUAUUUUUAUUAGUAGCAUUCCAGAAGAAGUGAGUAAAUCCAGGCUGGCAAAAAUAAUAAAAAAACAUGAAAUCAUAAGAAUACGGUAACCUUAAAUGCAAGAAUCUUGGAACAAUGAUCUUUGCCAGCUCGACAUUUUUCAAGUUUCUCAAGAGUCAUGUGAUACGAUGAAGCAGUGAUGGAUGGAUAAGAUCAACAAGUGAUUAUUGUAUCUAUCUGUAAAUUUUAAUGUGAAUAGACUGUUUGUACAAAGAUGGAUUCAUGAAUAGAUUGUGUAUAUAAUGUGAAAAAAAUAUGGUAAGGAGUAUAUUACUUAUAUACAUAUAGAAGUCAUUUGUGUUGUAUUUAUUGCAAAACUCAUAUCGUGUAAAUGAGUUGUAAAUUGUGAGUUACAUGUAAAUAAUUUUAUCAGGGCGUUCUUAUAGUUUUGUUGUAUAAGAACUAUG